AUGCUCACAUUGAUCUGCGGUCAUAUUAGCCGCCGGAUUCGUCACAAAAGUAGGCCACCCAACAUCAGCCGCCACUCCAAGGACAAUCGCAACGAGGUCGGAACGGCAAACCAGCACUCGGGCACUGUUCGCCACAACGGAGAUCAGCAUGUGGUCCUUCUCGUUGAAGGGGCCCGGGUUCAGGUUGUGCCGGGUCCCGAAAAGCGUAAAGCCCACGUCAGGAAGGAAAACCCCCGCAGCCUUACCAACGGGGUAGGCGAGGAGUUGAACAAGCAUGGCCUCAAGAGUGAUACUGGGUUGACGAACGCUGAACAGCUGGUUGACGAAGGCGAUGACGAUCACAAAUCCCAGCCCGAUUACCCGGGCCCGGAUGGUGCCACAUGA